AUGUAUGGCAUGCUUUAUGAGAGUGUCCAGCACUAUGUGCAGGAGGAAUAAGGCACGGAGAUCUGGGACAAGGUGUGCCGCAUAGUCGACUGCAAGCACAACGCUUUUAAGACCCAUCAGAUAUAUCCCGAUAAACUAAUGCCUGAUAUUGCGGCCGCGUUGUCUGCUUGCACGGGACAAUCCUUUGACUUUUGCAUGAACUUCUUUGGCAAAUGCUUUGUGCGCUUCUUUAGUAACUUUGGCUAUGACAAGAUGAUUAGAUCCACCGGUCGUUAUUUUUGCGACUUUCUGCAAUCCAUCGACAAUAUCCAUUUAAUCAUGCGAUUCACGUACCCAAAGAUGAAGUCCCCCAGCAUGCAGCUGACCAGCAUGGAUGAUAGCGGAGCCGUUAUCUUGUAUCGCAGCAGUCGAACGGGAAUGUCCAAAUAUCUCAUCGGUCAAAUGACUGAGGUGGCCAGAGAGUUCUAUGGCCUAGAGAUCAAGGCGUAUGUGGUCGAGAGUCAGAAUGAUAUCACCGGAGGUACGGCGGGGCCUAUUAAACUAACCGAGGGCCCCUUGACUGUUAUUGUCAAAUAUCGGUUGGACUUUGAUAAUCGCGAGUAUAUGGCGAAGCGUGUGAAUACCGAGGCGCAUCCGUCGCAGCUCAAGAUGCCCACGGUGAACAUGAAUGUGUUCCUCGAGCUGUUUCCCUUCACUUUUGUACUCAAUCAUGAUAUGAAAAUUACUCAUGCGGGUGAGAAAGUUGUGGAGACUUGGAUCAUGCACAAUCCGGGUGCCAAUCCCAAGGGUUUUAUUGGCUCCCAUGUCAUGGAUCUCUUCUACUGUCGUCGUCCCAAAGACACCACCAUCGACUGGGACACUUUGAUCCAAAUGCGCGCGGUUCUCUUCGAAUUCGAACUCAUUCGCACCGGACACAAUCGUGCCGCCUAUGAUGCGGUCCUCAAUAUGGACUUUGAAAACUACGACGACAUGAUGCUGAACGAGGCCCAGAGUAUAGCUCUCGAAAAGGCAAAAGAAUUCAGCGAGCGAGAUUCGAGCGAACUGGAUGAUGGCGAAGGCGAAAUUGAUCCCGCAACGGGUGAACGACGAGCUUCGCAGGGACUGCGAUCCAUUCUGCUCAAAGGACAGAUGUUUUACAUCAAGGAUGUCGACUCAUUGAUUUUUUUGUGCAGUCCUCUUAUAGAGAACCUCGAUGAGCUGCAUGGAAUCGGUUUGUAUCUCAAUGAUCUCAAUCCUCAUGGCUUGAGCCGUGAACUGGUCAUGGCGGGUUGGCAGCACUGCUCCAAGCUGGAGAUUAUGUUCGAAAAAGAGGAACAACGCUCCGAUGAGCUCGAAAAGUCUUUGGAGUUGGCAGACUCUUGGAAGCGUCAGGGCGAUGAGCUGCUCUACUCCAUGAUACCGCGACCAAUUGCCGAGCGAAUGCGAAUGGGCCAGGAGGCUGUCUGCCAGAGCUUCGAGGAGGUCUCCGUCAUCUUUAUCGAGGUAAUGAACAUCUACGACAGCGGAUCGAAUAAUGUCCAAGAAGCCAUGCAGGCCGUCAACACCCUCAAUCAGGUCUUCUCUGCGCUUGAUGAAGAGAUUAUCUCACCCUUUGUGUACAAGGUGGAAACUGUGGGCAUGGUCUACAUGGCUGUCUCUGGGGCACCGGAUAUAAAUCCUCUUCAUGCCGAGCACGCCUGCGACAUGGCCCUGCGUGUUAUCAAAAAGCUUAGGAAUCACCAUGAAGCAGAUAUUGCCAUUCGUGUGGGCAUCAACUCUGGUCCCGUGGUGGCGGGAGUUGUCGGCUUAAAAGUGCCGAGGUAUUGUCUCUUUGGAGACACUGUGAACACGGCGUCGCGCAUGGAGAGCAGCUGCGAUCCCUGGAAGAUUCAAUUGUCCCACUUCACAGCCAUGAAGGUGCAGGAGGUGGGCUACAAGGUCGAGUCCCGGGGCACAGUCAAGGUCAAAGGCAAGGGCGAGAUGGAAACUUACUGGCUGCUGGACGGACCUGAAGGGAAAUGAAUAGAGUUUAUUACAUAAUUGUAUUAACUUAUUAUAAUCUUAUUCAAUGUUUAUACGAUAUGCCUUAAUAUUCAUCACCUGCACUGCAAUUUCCUGUUACACUGUUUAGCUUUAUGCAUUGCAAUAAAUAAUGGAAUAAUCUGUU